CUCUCUCUCUCUCUCUCUUUUAUAUACCUUGGAUCAUACGUCUUUUAAUUCUAUUCCCUUCAGUCCACUGCUCUCCUCUCAUUUUAUUUACUUCUAUUCCAUUUGUUUCUCUCUCUACGUCUCUUUCUAAUUCUCCGCUUUUCUAUUAGCUCUUAGGGCUGUAUGCUGCAAUAUUUCGAUUGGGUUUCAGGUUCCUUGAGUUUACAUUCUCGAAUUGUGAUGAUGGCUUCUAGAGGGAGACUCAUGUCCAUUGACAAAAGGAGGAGAUUUCAACUCCAAAAACCCUAACUUAGUUUCAUUAAUGGGUUGCAAUGCCAUGGCUUUCUUCCCUUCCAAUUUCAUGUUGCAGAGUAAUGGCGACAAUGAUCAGGCCCCCAAUGCAGCGAUUUCUUCAAUCGUCUCCUCUUGCACUCCUCAAGAUUUUCAUGGAAUGGCAUCCAUGAUGGGCAAGAGAUCCAUGUCCUUCUCCGGGCUCGAAAUUUGCGAGGAGAUGAACUGUGAAGACGAUCUCUCUGACGACUGCUCGCAGGCGGGCGAGAAAAAGAGGAGGCUCAACAUGGAGCAAGUCAAGACAUUGGAGAAGAACUUCGAGCUGGGAAACAAGUUAGAACCAGAGAGGAAAAUGCAGCUUGCUAGAGCUCUAGGUCUUCAACCAAGGCAAAUAGCCAUCUGGUUUCAGAAUCGGAGAGCUAGAUGGAAGACAAAGCAAUUGGAGAAAGACUACGAUUUGCUCAAGAGACAGUUUGAAGCUGUUAAGGCUGAUAAUGAGUUGCUCCAAGCUCAAAAUAAGAAGCUCCAAGCUGAGAUCCUGGCACUGAAGAAGAGCAAGGAAUCCGAACCCAUCAACCUCAACAAGGAAAACACUGAGGGCUCGUGCAGCAUCAAGAGCGAGAAUAGCUCCGAUCUCAAUCUCGACAUCUCAAAACCGAUCACAACUGAGUCCCCUAUCUCUCCAAAUUCACAGAGAAACUUCUUUCACUCCAUGAGGCCUGCAAAUGUUACCUCCCAUCUUCUUCAUGGCUCCUCUAGACUCGAGCUCCAGUGCCCAAAACUCGUUGGAAACAGCGGCAACGGCUCCAUGGAUGAGGGCUCAUCAGGGGCUCAGGAAGAGCCCUUCCUAAACAUGUUUUGCCCCAUUGAUGAGAGCUCUGCGUUUUGGCCAUGGACCGAUCACUGCACUAGUAGCUUCCAUUAAAACCCCAUUCUUUUUUCUCGCCCUUUUUUCAUGUCUCUUGCCUGAAUUCAUGUCCGGAUCAGUGUAUAGUUGGGAAAGGAACAGGUUAAAUUUGUUUUUUGUUUUUGCCCUGAUAUCAGUCUUCGAGGAAAUAAAUGGUUUUCAUUGCCUUCU